CUUAACGCCUAGUUACUGCCAGCAUGUUCCCAACGGUGAAAAAGAUAAGCUAAGAAUAUUGUUGGCCUAAGAAGUAAGAAGCGGCGCGGGAAAUUGUGGACGGCAAUCCACCGUGUGCGACAUUUACAGUUCCAAUCGCUCGCCAUGCUUCAGCCUUAUGUCUCCCGUCUCUAUCCUCUUCUUCCUCCUCCGUCGUCAUCUGCCACUCAUCUGCGACUCCACCGUAGUACAACCUUUUGCAGCUCCAUCAAAACCGGAUCUUCCGGCGGUUCAUUAAUCGCGUCAGUCUCAUCCCCCGAGCUUCCCAAAGUCGUCGUUACCAGAGAACGCGGCAAGAAUGACAAGCUCAUCAAAGCUCUGGCAAUGCAUGGGAUUGAUAGUCUAGAGCUUCCUCUCAUUCAACACACAAAUCUUUCUGAUUUGGAUACGCUUCCUUCAGUGUUGAGGCAGAACAACUUUGACUGGAUUGUCAUCACUUCACCAGAGGCGGGUCUAGUUUUCCUGGAUGCUUGGAAGGUUGCUGGAACCCCAAAUGUCAGAGUUGCUGUCAUUGGGGUGGGUACAGCUAGCAUAUUUGAUAAAGUUACUCGGUCAUCAAAGCAGUAUCUUGAUGUUGCUUUUGCUCCAUCCCAAGCAACUGGUAGGGUCUUAGCUGCAGAACUUCCUAAGCAAGACAAAAAAAGAUGCACUGUUCUUUAUCCUGCUUCAGCAAAAGCCAGUGGUGAGAUUGAAGAAGGCCUUUCAAAGCGUGGAUUUGAGGUUACAAGGAUGAAUACAUACAAUACGGAACCAGUACAACACUUUGAUAAUGACCUUCUUAAAGCAGCCCUGUGUGCUCCUGUAGUUGCUGUAGCCUCACCUUCUGCCAUUUAUGCAUGGUCAAAUAUCAUUCCAUCAAUGGAAGAGUGGGGAAAUGCUGUAGCAUGCAUAGGUGAAACAACUGCUUUGGCAGCUAAAAGACUUGGACUAAGAAAUGUCUACUAUCCAAAAAAUCCUGGUGUUGAUGGGUGGGUUGAUAGCAUUCUCGAGGCCUUGGGGGUGCUUGAGAAAGUCCAAAAUGUAUAAGAAAAGAAUUCAAUGUUGAUCUUCUAUUCUUCUUUGUUAUCCUAGAUGUUAAUAUGGAAGGGAUUUUCUUCAAGGAGGUAAUAAAGUUGCGUGCAUCUGCUGGGAGUUGCGUAGGUUUUAAGAUAUCUUCAGAUGUUGUACAUAGAGAAUUCAGCUGGUGUUUUCUUCUGUCCACAAGUGUAAAUAUCCCGACUGUUGUGAUUUGUAAUAGAGUUAUAUUGCAGGUUUCACCACAUACUGUCUAUUAUUAAAUGGGUAUGUAUGUAUGGUAUUACAUAGGGAAAAUUGUAAAAUAAGCUCUCACACUAUAACCAAAAUGGCAAUUCGGCCUUUGUACUAUAAAAACACUCAAUUAAACUCUCAAACACAUAAACUGGGUUUUAGUAGGUUAGCAGCAAGUUAGCCGGUUAGUCUACUCAUUUGUAUUCCUAUGUGGCAAUUUUUAUUUUGCGGCAACUGUGUACUUGAAAUAUUUUUCACUAUGUUCUUUUUAUAUACUACCUCAGCUCUGGGCCUCUGGACCAUUUUAC